GCGCAUGCUUCGAGAACCUGCUCAAGCCACGAAGCUUGCCGCGUCUGACAGUAGUGCGGACGGCUUGCCCAAGGAAGGUAGCAACGGACUCCCAGGACCUGGGCGUGAACCUGAAAUGGGUCAGGAACCAGCUGGUCCAGAUCAGUCUCUCCCCGUUUCCACAGAACCUGGAUGUGGUCAGCAGCCUCCUAUACCUCGGGAGCGAACUGCCACUUCCUAUAUUAAUUCGAGCGGUGCAAGUGGGAAACUCAUUCCAAGACUGGUGGAUGCAACAGGUAAUGUAGGGGAGCCUGGUGAACUAGUUCCGGCAGAAUGGAACGUGUUUGACGUGGCACAGUUUCUCCGAGUCAAUGACUGUGCUGCUUAUUGUGACAGCUUCAGUCGUAGGAAAAUUGAUGGAAAAUCUCUUCUCACACUUACCAAAGAUCAGAUCAUUGAUCUGACUGGAAUGAAAGUUGGACCAUCUUUAAAAAUUUAUGACCUGAUACAGCAGCUUAAGAUCAAAAUCAAUCCAGCUCAAGAAAGGAUGAAAGCCAGUUUAAAGAAACUGUUAUAGUGCUUCAUUUUGAUUCAUACGUCUUACAUUUGCUGCCUUUGUUGUACCGUAAAUCUCAUAGUGUGUGAAUCUCUGCGCGCGAUGGUUUGCGUCUUACGUGAACUGGCGGUCUGUCGUCAUGAAAUAGCGGCGGUAUUGUUUACGUGGUGACACCAGUGUUAAAUUUAUGAUGACUUAAUGUAACUAGUUAUUUUCAUAUGAUAAUAUGGACAUAUUUGUGAAUGAUUCUCUCUCUCAUCACAAGCAACUCUCACAUUUUAAUAUGCUCGGCCACAUUUCCAUGUGUUUGUGGAGUUUGCAUUACUGUACAUAUGCGGUCCAUAUCAGCUGGUUGCGCUUGCAGGGGUAUGCUCAUAUAUGUAUUGUAUUUACGUUUACAUUUCACACAGGAUGACAAAUAUGUAAUGUGUGUUGAAGUCAGUAUUGUUUUAUAAUGUGUGCUUGAUUGAUGAUUGUUUCAUUCCUGUGACCACAAAUUAAGUUUGUUACUUUAAGUCAUUGUAAAUGUGUUUAGUCCAGUAUUCCUAGUCUUAUAAUUAUUGUGAAAACCCUGUAGGGAAGACGAAUUGCUUCAGAAACUGAAUGCGAGCACUUACUUUCGGGUGUUGUGGACUGUAGUGGUCAUGUAAACAAAAUGGUUUGGAAUGAUCAUUUGAUUUUUUGUAUAAGACGGAAUAUAUGCUUGAACUUGGAAUAUUUAA